AUGUUGUUUCUCGGCCACCUCAUCGUCUUCUUGUCCUGUACAGGUCUGUCCAUGGCCAAACACAGGGAUAAGAAAUACGACAGUGCCUUGGACACGACUCCGCUCGGAUUGAGUACCGACCAGUUGAUCUUCCGCAUGAAAGCCGAAGAGUUCCAGGCCCGCCGCACAGCCCGCAUAGGGGAGCCUGGCCUCAUUUGGAACUUAGAUGGGUGCAAGGGGGAAGCUGAUCGACCCUUUGGCUGGGACUAUAUCAUAGUCAAGGACGCCUGCGACCGCCACGACUUUGCCUAUAAAAAUUACAAGGCGCAAGGACGUUUCACUUCAGAAAACAAGAAGAGGAUCGACAAAGUCUUUCAGGAAGACAUGUUCCGCCAGUGCAAGAUUGAAGAGGGUUCGCAGGAUGCCUGCCAUUUGACGGCCAGCGUGUACCACCGUAACGCACGGACGUUCGAUCGCAGGUCUCUGACUGGCCGUCUGGAUCUGGCAUCUCUCGAGAAGAGCGAUAACGUGGACUAG